CGAGGCUGCUAGACUUGGUUUGGUUAUAAAUAUCGCCGAAUCAAUAACAAGAAUUUCCACACUCCUUUUCCUGAUCUCUUUCUUUACUUCUUUGAUCUUUCUGAUCUUCCUUCUAGCUUGCGCCAUGGAUCCCGACAAGUUCUUGAUCUGUUUGUACACAUGGUUGUGAGCAUUUGGAUCGAUCGGUCUUGAUGGAAAGCUUGCUGAAUAUGGGUAUAAUAAUUCGUGUUUAUACAAUGGCAUGCAGUACAGCCGCUCAAGUGCUUACAUUCCACGCUUCCGGAGGACGAACGCUGAGGCUCCCGUUUUUAACAACGACUCAGCCGUAACCCGCGUUGGAUCCAGAGGUUCAAUUCUUCUUGAAGACAAUCAUCCGGUUGAAAAAGCUGCCAACUUUGAGACUAGGAAGUGGAUCCCCCAACGUGUUGUCCGUGCUAGAGGAGCCAGUCCGAAGGGGUCCUUUGAGGACACAAUCUCCAUUGAAACGAGGCCUGGAGGAACCAUCACGUGGGACAUUUAUUCAAAACUACAUGGACGUGUGCAGUUUGGGCCAACUCCUACUAGGCAAACUAGUCAACAAUCUAUACCAACUUCUGAGCAAGAAGAUUGUAUAUCUAAGGGGGAGUUUGAUAAAAUACGGGAUGAAUUAAUCAAGUUGCGGAACUUAAUGAAAACCUCCAUGCAUGCACAGGCUUCAAGAAAAAAUCAAAUAGAUGAUGAAGAGGAAGAAAAGGAUGAAGAGGAAGAAGAUGAUGAAGACGAAGAAGAGGAUGAAGAAGAAGAAGAUGAAGAAGAGGAUGUAGAGGAAGAAGAAGAUGAAUAUGAAGAAGAUGAAUAUGAAGAAGAGGAUGAAGAAUAUGAGGAAUAUGAAAAAGAUGAAGAAUAUGAAGAAGAGGAAGAGUAUUAAGAAGAGGAAGGGUAUGGUAUUACGACCUUAUCUAUACUAUUGAAGUUAUUGGAGGUGCUAUUGAUAUGUUAUCUUUUAACAUUGUUCAUCGGAUGUUUUUAUUAUUUUUGGAAUAUAGCGACAUAAACUUUUGUAUUUAGUUAUUAUUAUUAAAUUAUAUUUUAAAUCAAAUUAAAGUACAAAAUAUUAUAAGGUAAA